AUGUCUACAGCAUUUGCAUCGGUGGAUGAUCUGCACAUGCAGUCUUCCCUUGGUAUUCCAUGGGGCACAGAUGAAUGUGGGAAUAUGAUAGAUGAUACCUCAUUGAACCUUUCCCUAUCUCAAGACCAGCCCUUUAGCAUACAUGAUUUUUCACCUAGACGGGCUUAUGCUGAAUCAGAAAUUCAGAUGUUUAUUAUUGGAACACUUUUGAAGAGUAAACCAAAUGUGGAAACAUGUAACUGGUCCUGUAUGUUUGGGGAAGUUGAAGUUCCAGCUACUGUUUUAGCUAAUGGAAUUCUAUGCUGUCAAGCUCCACCUCUUGAAAUUGGACUGAUCCCUUUCUACGUAACUUUUUCCAAUAUAUUUGCUUGUAGUGAAGGUACCAGAAAGUAUAUUAAGUUGAAACGUAAGACAGAUGCUGAUCAAUCUAGUUCUGGAACUCCUAAGAAAUCAAAAACUGAACAUGUUCCCUAUGCUGAUAAACAACCGAAUUCUGGCACGGGCCUUGGGAAGGUGGUUCUAAAUGCAAGAGGCAGUUUACCAACAAAAGCUAGCAGAAAGGAUGUGAGGAAGUAUGAUGAUUUUGGCUUACCCAUUGAUGAUGAUGAUAGCUUACUAGUUCCUGAAAAGAAAGAGGGAGAUCAGGCUGAAGUCACUUCUGGUGUUGGCUCGAUGAAUGUGAAGAAUAGCAGUAAAAAUGGCAGAAAGAAAAGGCACAGAAGAGUGGAUGCUUGA